GCGUACAAAUUGAAUCUUACGAGCAUCACUUGUUAGUCAGUUGGUGGGUGCGUAAAGUGCUGGAGUAGUGUUCAGUUUCGAUUGAAGCAUCUUUUAGGUCGUUGGUUGAAAUCUUGGAAAAUGUUAAAAUCAUCAUGUAUUUCAGUUUUCAUUGUUAUUUUAGGACUGCUGCUAAAUGAAGGUCACUGUCUAUCCUGUGACACCUGUCACUCAACGGCCAGCUGGGCGGAUUGUGAAAAGGUGGCCCAAUCGGUGGAAUGUGAUCCCAUCAACAUUCAGGGAACGUUGCUCUACUGGGGAAAAAAGAAUCCAACGCUAACGACGGCUGCUCUGAAUGCCGACUUGACACGAUUCAAGUGCUUCCAGCUGGAUUUGACCCAGGAGGGCGAGGAUCAACAUUUCAUGAAGGGAUGUACCUUCGAGCAGACGGAUCUUUGCAGCGGUUGGGAUGAAGGAGUAAAAGUUAAAAAUUGUGGAGCAAUUUCGUACUGGCUGGUGACGGUUUUGAUUAUUGUUAUCAUUUUGGUGGCCAUUGGAGUGGCGAUACUGUGCUUCUUUUACGUCCGAUACAAACGAGUGGCUGAUGGUGGAUUUGUAGUAUAACCAAUUUUUUUUUCGGAAAAGAUACAAAUUGUGUCAAUUUGAAUUUUUGUGUAACCAAAAUUAUCCGUCCAUUCCUUGUUUUUGUAUUAUUCCAUUAAGAUAAGGUUAGUCAUAGGAGUUUUGUUAUUU